AUGCUGUCGUCCUCGACGGUGGCCGCAGGGCUCUGGCGGUCGUCCCGCGCAUACCAAGUGUACGCCGCAAACACUGACAUCGGGAAGACCGUGGUGUCGGCAGUGCUCUUCAAUGCGAUUCCUGCGUACCGGCCGUGGGCGAGCAGUAAGCUUCGGUUCCUGAAGCCCGUCAGCGCUGGGCCGGCCGCUGAGGCGGAUGACAGACACAUAUCUCGAUUCACCAAGGGGGUCACGACGGCGUGUCUGUACGGGUACGACCGUCCGGUGAGCCCGCAUCUCGCUGCCAGAGAUCUGAAGAUACCACACAAUGAUGAGCUUCUGGAGAGCAUCAAGUCUACUCUUAACUACUGGGACCAGGAUGCACCGAGUUUUGCGCUGGUAGAGUCGGCUGGCGGCGUCUUGAGCCCUGGACCAAGUGGCCUGGUGCAGGCAGACCUGUACCGUCCCUUACGGCUGCCGGUCAUUCUCAUUGCGGACCACAGGCUAGGAGGCAUUUCUGCAUCCAUAUCAGCCUACGAGUCGCUGUGUAUCCGAGGGUACGAUGUCGAGGGCAUCGUCCUCUUCCAGGACCAGUACUACCAAAACCACGAAUAUCUGAAGGAUUUCUUCCAACAGAGGAACAUCAAGGUCUUUUCUUUGCCUCCUCCACCUCCCCGACAGGGGAAAGUAGAUAGUGAGACGGCUCGGCUGAGAGACGAGGAAGUCAUGGCUUCGUUCUACGAGAAAACAGCUAGACACGAUGAGGUGUUUGGCCUGAUGGACGAGCUCUCUAGCAAGCAUACCGAACGUUUAAAUCGACUUGAUUCCAUGCCUGUAAAGGCCAAAGAAGUCAUAUGGUAUCCAUUCACCCAACACAACGGAAUGACACCAAAGGAUAUUAGUGUCAUUGACUCCGCAUAUGGUGAUUGCUUCCAGACCCUGGCUCGCCCUGAGAGCAGCUCUUCCGAACAUGUACUGCGCCCAACGUUUGACGGAUCCGCGUCUUGGUGGACUCAGGGCCUAGGGCAUGGCAACCCAGAACUGGCUCUUACUUCGGCCUAUGCGGCUGGUAGGUAUGGGCACGUUAUGUUUGCAGGAACUAUCCACGAACCAGCUCUCGCCUUGUCAGAGCAAUUGCUAAAAACUUCCGGUAAUCCUCGUCUCCAGAAGGUCUUCUUUACGGACAAUGGUAGCACGGGAAUGGAGGUUGCUCUUAAAAUGGGUCUGCGAGUAUCCUGCACCAGAUAUGGGUGGGACUCAAGCAAGGAAAAUAUUGGCAUCGUUGGACUCAAGGGCAGCUAUCACGGAGAUACCAUUGGAGUGAUGGACUGCUCAGAGCCUUCGACGUAUAAUAAAAAGGUAGAAUGGUAUAGAGGCCGUGGCUAUUGGUUUGAUUUCCCGAUGGUUCAGAUGACUGAUGGUGUUUGGAAAGUUUCUGUUCCUCAGGGGCUAAAGACAGAGCUUGGAGAGGAUGUAUCAUUUUCAAGCAUCUCUUCUGUAUUUGAUUUGAAUGCUCGCAAGGGGUCGAGCAUUGCCUUGCGAUAUAGAAAUUAUAUCAAGAAGACACUAGAGAACGUUGUUCAAAGUGGCCAGAAACUCGGUGCUCUCAUCAUCGAACCCAUCCUUCUUGGGGCUGGAGGGAUGUUGUUCUGUGACCCCUUAUUCCAGCAAUCACUCGUUCAGGUAGUACGAGAAAAUCCUCAAAUAUUCAGCCAGUCUCAUUCGCGGCCUCCUGCCUCUGCGGAUUCGUGGUCCGGUCUGCCUGUUAUCUUUGAUGAAGUGUUCACGGGCAUGUAUCGGCUCGGUCGUCGCACCGCUGCAUCGUUGCUAAAUGUUGACCCGGACGUUUCCGUGCAUGCAAAGCUACUGACUGGCGGCCUGAUGCCUCUCUGCACAACUCUGGCCAGCAAUGAAAUAUUUGAGACAUUCGAUAGCCCACACAAGUCCGAUGCAUUGCUACACGGCCACAGUUACACGGCUAACCCCGUCGGGUGCUCGGUUGCAGUGGCAUCUCUCCAGAAAAUGGAGAGCAUGGAGCAUACUGGGUACUGGAACGAAUAUGUGCAAGAUUGGAAACGGGCUAGCACAUCACCAAUUGGAAAUAAUACGAGGAGCCUUUCUGGGCCCGAGAUAUGGAGCUGUUGGCCGCAGGCCCUUGUCUCGGAUUUAUCUUAUGCGGAAGACGUUGAGAGCGUGUUUGCAAUUGGAUCAGUCUUGAGUAUUACGCUGCGAGACCAAAAUGGUGGAGGAUACACAUCCAAUGCAGCAAGUGGGCUGCAAAAGAAACUGACGGCCGGUGAAGGGCCAUUUAACAUCCAUUCCCGGGUUCUGGGAAAUGUGCUUUACCUUAUGGCUAGUGUUACCUCGACGCAAGAAGUACUGUACAAGGUAGAGACAUUGUUACGAAAAUCGCUGGUCGAAGAGAACAGAGAAUGUGGUAUUCAGGAGGAGGUUGCAGUUCGAUAUGCAACCCUCAGGUGUUAA